AUGGCUCUGCGAGCGCCCGCUGAGACCGAGCUCCAGGAGCAGGUGUGCUACCCAGCCGAGAGGCUCCAGGUCAGCUCCCAGUACCUGGCUGCCUACUACGAGCCUUUUGCCGCCUACGGCUCCUUCAGGAGCGCCCUGGCCGCGGCGGAGGACUUGCAACCUUUCCCGCAGCUGGAUGGCUCCGUGCCUGCGCCCCAGGCCAUACCCUCCUUCCCCUUUCGGACGGCACCUCCUUUGCUGAACCCCACCCUGGCCCUACAGCGGGAACCCCUUUAUGGCAUGCCCUGGUACGGCAAAUUGCCGCACUGGUAUUCAGUUGCCCCGCUCCCCGGGGAAGUGCCACACUUCCUGAGCAGCAGCGGUGAGUACCCGGGGUCCAGCGGUGACAACUCGGCCCGCAACGACGGCGCCCCUCGCUCCAGUGGACCCGACCCCGUAGCGACGCCUGCCCAGGCGUCCGUGGUCCCUACGGGACUGAAGACAUCUUCCGUAGCGUCUCGCUCCCCGGCGAAACGGUCUGAGGAUGACCCCAAAAUCCUGAACCUGGAGCGGAAAUCGCCUGACCGUUUCCACUUCACCGAGGAAGACCUGCACUUCGUUCUCUAUGGGAUUACUCCCAGCUUGGAGCACCCAAGUUUGCUACAGCUUGCCAUUUCCGGAGUCCUGACCCCCACAGGAAGCCCUAGCUCUGGGUCUGAUUCGCUUCCUCAAGCUCUGGACAAGGAAUCUCUUCAACUUCCAGAAGGUCUGUGCCUUCUGCAGACGAUGCUUGGCGAGGUGCCACACUUCGGGGUGUUCUGCAGUGGAUUCAUUGCCAAGGGAGUCAGAUUUGGGCCCUUUCAGGGCAAAAUGGUCAACACCAGUGAAGUGAAGACCCACAUGGACAAUUCUGUGAUGUGGGAGAUCUUUGAAGACGGCCAUUUAAGCCACUUCAUAGAUGGAAAAGGGACCGGGAACUGGAUGUCCUACGUCAACUGCGCCCGCUUCCCCGAGGAGCAGAACCUGGUUGCAGUGCAGUACCAGGGGCAGAUCUUUUAUGAGAGCUGCAAGGAGAUCUGCCAGAACCAAGAGCUCCUUGUGUGGUAUGGAGACUGCUACGAGAAGUUCCUGGACAUUCCUGUAAAUCUGCAGCUCACCGAGAAGGGCAGGCAGCCUGCUGCGACCGUGGAAGAGUCUGCAGAAGGCUUCCAGUGUGAGAGAUGUGGAAAGGUGUUUGCCUACAAAUACUACAGAGAUAAGCACCUCAAGUACACCCCCUGCGUGGACAAGGGCGACAGGAAAUUUCCCUGCUCCCUCUGCAAGCGGUCCUUCGAGAAGCGGGACCGGCUCCGGAUCCAUAUCCUUCACGUGCACGAGAAGCAUCGGCCCCACAAGUGCUCCACAUGUGGGAAAUGCUUCUCUCAGUCUUCCAGCCUGAGCAAGCACUUGCGCGUGCACUCUGGAGACCGCCCAUACCAGUGUGUGUAUUGCACCAAGAAGUUCACCGCCUCCAGCAUACUUCGCACACAUAUUAGGCAGCACUCUGGAGAGAAGCCCUUCAAAUGCAAGUUCUGUGGCAAAUCUUUUGCAUCACACGCGGCCCAUGACAGCCAUGUCCGGCGCUCUCACAAGGAGGAUGAAGGCUGCUCUUGCAGUGUCUGUGGGAAGACCCUCCCGGAUCAGAACACCAUCUGCUGUCAUGUGAAACCUUAA